AUGCCUUACUUGAAGUGCGUCGACGAGGAAGAGGCUAGAUACAUCCUGGAAGAAGUUCACGGUGGAAUUUGUGGCGACCAUACCGGCUCCAGAUCCCUAGUGAACAAGGUAGUAAGAGCAGGAUAUUUUUGGCCAACCAUACAGGUAGACGCUGUUGAGAUCGUUAGGAGGUGCGAUAAAUGCCAGCGAUACGGGAAUGUGCAACGGCUUCCAGCAGAGAGAAUGACGACUAUAGCCUCCCCAUGGCCAUUCGCACAGUGGGGAAUUGACAUCGUCGGUCCUUUGCCCCAAGGUAAAGGUCAGUUCUCGUCCCCAGGGCAUCCUCAGGCAAACGGGCAGACGGAAGUGACGAACCGGACGCUGCUCAAGAUUAUCAAGACUAGACUGGAUGAUGCGAAGGGUGCCUGGCCAGAAGAACUACCAAAUGUCCUGUGGGCCUACAGAACCACUGCUAGAACCCCAACAGGAGAAACCCCCUUCAGGCUUACCUAUGACACAGAAGCAAUAAUCCCAAUCGAAGUGGGGGUAACGAGCAUCAGACGAGGAAUUUUCAACGAAGGGAUAAACGACGACGAACUACGACUCAACCUGGAUUGUCUAGACGAAGUAAGAGACAACGCAUCCAACAAGAUGACGAAGUAUCAGAAAAAGAUGGCCAAAUACUACGAUAAGAGGGUCAAACUUAGACGACUGGACAUAGGAGACCUCGUCCUACGCAGGACCACCACAGCAACUAAAGACCCUACAUAG